CACACUCAAGAUGAUCUCUGAUUAGCGGUGGUGUUAACAGGAUCCGUGAAUUAUGUGUAGCGUCCCUCUGGCUGAGGAGAAGGAUCAAAGAUAUCCACGCUUUCAACGAACACGCUCCUCCCCACGAUAUGCAUGACGUAGCGUGACCCGCGCAUAAUCAACCACAAUGUAACCCCACGUUGUCGACUCCUGCAUGUCGCACGUUAAUCAUCGAUUCAGAGGGCGGCUACAACAUGAUCAAGACCAACCAACCUUAAGGAGCCGCGAACCUGUUCGACCACCCUUCGACACCACUAACUCCUUCCGGGCCCGUUUGGAAACGGGCAUUCCAACUCGCCUCGUCCAUGGGAUAUUCUCCGGGACCCUCAUGAAGCGGCGCCAGUUCGUCACGUCUACCUUGAUCUCGCGCCCCAACGCCAUUCCCGCCCGAUCGCUACCCAAACCUCCUAACCCGGUCCACGGAAAAGCCUCAUCAAGGAUCUCAUCAAUUCUCCUCUUCCAGAAUCUCCUGCUUAGAAAACGCUGUUCUUCGCGUACCCACCUUCUUCUUGAUUCCAGCGACCUGCAUCAUUGGGUCAUUCCACAUAUACGAUAUAUCCCCGAUAUUGACCACCCCGUCCAGGGUACCGAAUACGGGACUCGGACACCUCAAAGCCUUACAGCCGGCUUUUCCAUGCGGUCUUACCGUUGACGCCCCCAUCUGGGGUGCAUACAUACUCGCCUCCAUUAAACGCGGAUUCCGCUCGUGAUUCGCCCUUCCUGACAGGGCUAUUUCCAAAAUCCCAGGUCUCAUCCAAUGAGGGCUAUCCGGCCCGUUAGUGUAAUGUCUGUAGAUUAAAAUCUCAAUCUCGGACUACUUUGCUCACGAUCUGGGGGA